GGAGCAGAAGCACAGCACGGCACAGCACGGCAUCGAAAAAGUGCACAGACACUCUCUCUCUCUACCCCAGCCGAGGCCGAUGCCGCCGGCGAUAUCGCCGGAGAUGCCGGCGGCGCCACCUUCUCCUCCUGCCUCCUAAUUCCGCCCACUUCCACCACCGCGACCGAAUCGCCGCCCGCCGGAAACCGCCACAAUGCCAGCCUACACUCCUCCGCAACCGCUGCAGAACCUCAAGCAGAGGGUUCUCACCUGCAUCACCAAGCUCGCCGACCGCGACACUCACUCCAUCGCGUCCUCGGAGCUGGACUCCAUUGCUCGGUCGCUCGAUCCGGCGUCGUUCUCGGCCUUCAUCUCUUGCAUCAACUCCACCGACGCGUCUGACAAGUCUCCGGUGCGCAAGCAAUGCGUGAGCCUCCUCACGACUCUCUCGGUCACUCACGGCAACACUCUCUCUCCUCACCUUCCGAAGAUGAUCUCCGGCAUCACGCGCCGCCUCCGCGAUCCGGACUCCGCCGUCCGAUCCGGCUGCGUCAGCGCCACUGCUGCUCUUGCCACGAACGUGAACAAACCUUCCUUCGAUUCGUUCCUGAAGGCUUUCUCCGACGCACUCUUCACCGAGCAAGACGUGAACGCGCAGAUGAGCGCGGCUCUGUGUUUAGCGUCGGCUAUCAAUGCUUCGCCGGAUCCUGAGCCUGCAAAGUUGUGCAGGUUGUUGCCGAGGUUCGAGAGACUGUUGAAGGCCGACGCUUUUAGGGCGAACUCGGCGGCACUGACGCUGAUUGAGAGCGUAGUUGGUGUCGGCGCGGCUAGGAGCGAGGCAGUGUUGAAGAAUUUGGUGCCUUGUGUGCUUGGGUUCCUCAGUGGCGAGGACUGGGCUGCGAGGAAGGCCUCCGCGGAGGUUCUACUGAAAUUGGCGGUCGUGGAGAGAGAUUUGUUGGUGGAGUUUAAGCCCGCAUGCCUAAAGGUCUUUGAGAAUCGGCGGUUUGAUAAGGUGAAGGCAGUUAGGGAGGUUAUGAACCAGACGGUGGAGGCCUGGAAGCUGAUUCCUGAUCUUUCUGAGGAGGUGUCCACUCCGCUUCAGUCAGUCUCUUCUUCCAAAGAAAAUGCGAGUGACGGUCGUUAUCCAUCUACAUCAAGAACUCUCUCUUCUUCUGGAUCUGUUGGGCCUCAGAUGAGGAAAAAACCAACACCACCCAGCCGUCCAACUGCACUGACUGGUUCAUCUGCAUCUGCAAGCACUCUAAGGAAGAGAAGUCCACUGAAGAGUAGCAACAGAAAUGUCAGUCCCAUCCUUCGGAAGGUGGAUCAUAAGAAGCCUUCGGACUGGAAAGUUGAAAUUGCUAUUUCCAGAUCUACUUUAUCAAAGGGGACUGGUGGGGAUGAUCUCAGGGAGACGAAUGAAAACAUUCCUCAAAGAAAGAGCAGUGAGAUUUAUGAGGUCUCAAAGCCAGAAACUAAAAGAGCCCUUUUCAGCAAGAACUCAGAUGAGAAUUUGCCCAAGCCUAGUGGAUUCAGGUCUGGAUCUCGUGUGGUUCCAUGUCCCGAGGGGAGGUCUGAUUUUACGCUUGUAGCUAGUAACGCUGCUGAAGAUCACCACAGGAAUCACAAGGACUCUGAAGAUUUAUCAUUAAUCCGCAAUCAGCUUGUUCAGAUCGAGCAGCAGCAAUCAAGUCUACUAGAUCUCCUUCAGCGAUUCAUUGGGAGCUCACAAAAUGGAAUGCGUUCUCUGGAGACACGUGUGCAUGGUUUAGAGAUGGCAUUGGAUGAGAUCUCAUAUGACUUGGCACUAACAAGUGGAAGGAUGACUAGUACCAACUCCAAGAGAACCUCUUGUUGCAUGUUACCUACCGAUUUCUUGAGUUCAAGAUUUCGGAGGAAGCCAGAGGGUCGGUACUCAAGUUCCAGGUUCAUCUCUUCCGAUACACCAUCAGUAUCCUCCACACGCUUCAGAACUGAUAGGAGCUGUGACAAUGGAGUGUGUAAUUUGGAGAACCGCAGGUUUCGACAGCAGGGUGGUGCUGGCUUCAUGGUGAAUCCAUUGGCCAAGAUUCAUACUGAGAAUCGGUCAAUUCCUGAGAUGGUGCAGUAGCCAAUACAAUUGUCAGAUGCAUAGUUUUGUUUCCAUCAGAAACCGGAACCUCUGAAGUCGAGCAGCUUACCAGAUGGAAGGUUCUGCCUUUUAAGACUUUAAACUUCUCUUGUUGAAGUUCCUGUAAAGAUGAAUCUGGUGAGAGAGAGAGAAGACAAACAGAUUAAUUUGUCUGACUCUACGUGGGGCUGCCGGCAGAAGCCGUCACAGAUCGCCUUUUGCCAUAUUUGAAGUGAAAGAUCAAGAAACCAGAUGACAUCAACCUGGGCAUCCCC